AUGACCGGCGAAUUGCCGAUUUUGCCCAAUCCUCACCAGCAGCAGCGGCUGUUGAGCGAUAUUUCACGCAACCGGGCGACGGCCAAAAUAGUCCAGGGCGACGAGGCAAAGGAAAAGCGGCCCAAGGCGUGCACACUGUGCCGCAGGAGCAAGGUCAAGUGCGAAAAGGAUAGUAACGACGAAAGCUGUAAGCGGUGCCGUGCACAGAACCUGCAAUGUGUUUACGAGUACAAAAUCGCAAGUUAUAAGGUGGUUGGUGAUGCGAGCACAAAGGAGGUGUCGAAGAUCGUCAAAUCUCCUCCGAAACCCGCCAGUAAGCUGGCUUCCGCACAACCUUCGCCCAUGCCCAACGCAAGCUCAAGCCGGACCGCCUCGCUGUCGCAUAUUUUGAACCCGCCUCAGCCAAAACCAGGUGCCGGCUGGCACUCGUCGGUGGAGGACCGAUUGCAGGAUUUUGGCAGCAAGCUGGGUAACAUCCUGACUAUCCUGCAGACUCCAGAGUCUCCAUCGCGGCCCAUGCUUGUAAAGGCUUCCUCGGAGGGCGCUCCGCGGAACGGUGCCGAACCUCAGUCUUUGUCCGAUAUCCUGUUGCUCAGCGAGGCCGAGGAGUUAUUCCGGUUCUUCGACUCAAAUAUCUCUCCACAGCUGUUCGGAUUCAACAUCUCGCAAUACUCUGUCAACGAGCUGUGGACUCACUCUCCUCUCUUGCUUGCCAGCGUGUGCGCAAUCGCAUCUAUCCACCACCCGCUUCUCAGCCAUUUGUUCCGCCAACUCGAACAACUAAUCCACAAAAUGAGCCAGCAUCUGCUGGUGCGAGUGCCCACCACGGAGCUCGAUACGUUCAACACUGUGCUUGCGCUAUGCUUUUGUGCUUUUUGGUUCCAGGAGAACCAGAUGUUCACAGGCAUGGCUCUCCAGCUGGCCAGCAACCUCAAGCUGAACAAACUAUCCAAGAAUUCUCAAGUUUCCGACAAAAACAAGCUCAAGCUGUGGUAUCUCCUGUACAUUCUCGAUGGCCAGCAAUCGCUGGUAUUUAAUAGACAGCCUCUGAUGAACUCGCAAGACAAAACACUAAAGGAAAGCCGAAGCCUGCUUCUCGAGGACGACACCGACGGAGCUGCUCCUGACGAAAACUAUUCCAACCUGCGACUGGUAUCCCAGGUGGAAUACAACCAGGCGAUUAGCAAAGUGUUCGAGGGCGAUGCGUGGGAUCUGAUGGCGCCCGCAUCUUUUGGACUACCGUUCAAGACGAACCUCGAGCUCGACAAGUGGAUGGUCCAGUGGACUGUCAUGCUGUCGCCUUUCAACAACGCCCCGAUCUGGUCGAGCAAAAGCACACUUAUAUACUACAACUUUGCCAAAAUGCACAUCAACUCGGCAGCAGUGAGGUCUUUGCACAUGGAGGGAGACGAGCUUCCGCGCUGGGAGGAGGUUGAGUCCGACCAGAUUGCGAAUUUGGAGGAGGGCCAGAACAUCUUGCAGCGAGAAGUUAGCGACGAUGACGACGACGACCAUUAUGAGCUGGAAAUGUCUCCCCAGCAGUCCCGCAUGGUGUCGACGGAGAUGGCUCUGUCGUCUGCAGAGACGGUGCUGAACCUCGUGCUUGCCGAUACCGAUAUUUUGUCGGCCCUGAAGUAUGCUCCUGUGCAUAUUCAUGUGAUGCUCUACUAUGCUGCGAUGCUAGUUCUCAACCCGCCAGAGUAUCUGUCGAGCAAGGAGAAGAGCUUUGAGGACACUCUCAAUGCCGUCGCCAUCGUCAAGAAGCUGCGGUCGGUGAUUUUGGGCAACUUGCCGAUCGACAAGAGUUUUUCAAGCAAGCUGAUAGAAGCACUAUCUCGACUGCUUCAGGAGAGAGUGAAGAAGCUGAAGGAAGAUAUCAGCGACGAGCAGAAGGUCGAGCUGGACAGGGUGCUUAUGAACAACGACACCACCUCAUUCACGAAAAAGAGAACGCGGCAAAUCAGCGCAUGGCCCGGAUACGACCAUGGCCAUCCCAGCAAAAAGAGGGCGGUUGAAAACUCUGAUCCCUAA